AUGGAAAGUUGUAUGGUGCUACCAUCUGUACUGUUGGUAGCACUUCCAGAGUGCCUCCCCCCACCACUCCCCCCAUCAUUCCCCCAUCAGGCGCACAGAGGCUUCCUGAACGGCCACAAGUCCGUGAAACCGCGCCUCAUCGUGCUGCUCAAGGCAAUCCUCUCCUCCUCCAACGAGAAGUAUCACAUCAUGGUCACGGGUCACAGCCUGGGUGGUGCUCUCUCCACACUUUUCACAUACGACCUUGCCCAGUCCGACCUCAAGAAGCAGCACGGGUUCACCCUCUCUCUCUACAACUUCGGCUCGCCCCGUGUGGGCAACCAUGCCUUUGCUGCUCGAUUCAACCAGGUGCGUAUCGUAUCGCUUAGCUGUAGAUCCCUCAGAGCAGGGAAAUGCCAAGGACAAGUGCAAGUUAAUUUCCAAAGGGAUACAUAG